GCAAAAGAGACUUUGUAACAAAAGGCAGUUUGCAAAAAGAUCAUUGCCCUCCCACUUGACAUCCCUGCAUAUCCCAGAAAAAUGCUGAUCAAUAUCUCUAAUCCUGAACACCGUGGAAGGUUUUGAGCAUUCCACAUGGCUUAUAUUAGUUGCAAGUCUGUAAGAUUCCAAGAAGAUUGGGAGUCCGCAAGACACCCAACAGCUAACGGAGACAAUGGGAUUAAGGUCAAGUACAAGAUUAAUGGAACGGUAUUACCAGAGCUGGGCUCUAGGAAGCGGGAGAAGGAGAUAGCAAAAUGUGGGAAAUCUUUAAGAGCUAAAGUUCUGUCCCGAGUUUUCUCAGAGGAUUAUGAAAGAGUACAGAGAAAAAUAUUGGAUCCUCGAGGACCUACAAUUCGUAGAUGGAAUAAGAUAUUCUUAGUAGCUUGUUUAGUUUCUUUGUUUGUUGACCCUCUGUUCUUUUACUUGCCUGUGGUAAAAGAAAACGUGUGCAUAGAAAUUGGAAGUCACCUUGAAAUUGCCCUUACAGUGAUAAGAUCAAUAGCGGAUAUCUUUUACAUGAUUCAGAUUUAUGUGCGGUUUCGUACAGCUUAUGUAGCUCCUUCUUCUCGCGUUUUUGGGAGAGGAGAGCUCGUUAUAGAUUCUUCAAAGAUAGCAAUAAGGUAUUUGCGCAAAGGAUUUUGGAUUGAUGUCAUUGCUGCACUGCCCCUACCUCAGGUGUUAAUGUGGGCUGUCAUUCCUAAUCUAAGUGGUUCAACGAUGACAAAGACCAAGAAUGUCCUCAGAUUCAUUCUUAUUUUUCAGUACCUCCCAAGACUAUUUCUCAUAUUUCCGUUGUCAACACAAAUUGUUAAGGCUACAGGGGUUGUCACUGAGACAGCUUGGGCAGGAGCGGCUUAUAAUUUGAUGCUCUACAUGUUAGCAAGCCAUGUUUUGGGAGCUUGCUGGUACCUUCUGUCUGUUGAGAGACAAGAAUCAUGUUGGAUUAAUACCUGUAGUCACGAGAACCAUAUAUGCCAAGAUGAGUAUUUAGAUUGCAGGUGGCUUAAUGAACCUGGUAGAACUGCCUGGUUCCAAUCAAGCAACAUCACAACCCAAUGUGAUCCGAACAGCAGUGCUUAUCCAUUUGGUAUAUAUGGAGAUGCAGUAACGGUUGAUGUUACAUCUGCAAAGUUCUUCCAUAAGUACUUCUACUGCCUUUGGUGGGGCUUGAAGAACCUAAGUUCGCUAGGGCAAAAUCUUUCUACAAGCACAUAUGUUGGAGAAAUACUUUUUGCAAUUGUUGUCGCAACACUUGGCCUAGUCCUCUUUGCCUUGCUUAUUGGCAACAUGCAAACAUACCUCCAAUCAACAACAGUAAGAUUAGAGGAAUGGAGGAUCAGGAGGACUGAUACAGAGCAAUGGAUGCAUCACAGGCAGCUACCUCAAGAGUUGAGACAGUCCGUCAGGAAGUAUGAUCAAUAUAAAUGGGUUGCUACAAGGGGAGUUGAUGAGGAGGCUCUUCUUGAAGGACUUCCACUGGACCUUCGAAGAGAUAUUAAACGCCACCUUUGUUAUGAUCUAGUUCGACGAGUGCCGUUAUUUGAUCAAAUGGAUGAAAGAAUGUUAGAUGCCAUAUGUGAGCGGCUUAAGCCUGCUCUUUGCACUCAAGGGACUUGUCAAGUACGUGAAGGCGAUCCUGUUAAUGAGAUGCUGUUCAUAAUUCGAGGGAACCUUGAUUCUUACACCACCAAUGGCGGACGUACCGGUUUCUUCAAUUCAUGCCGCAUCGGUCCGGGUGAUUUCUGUGGUGAGGAGCUGCUGACAUGGGCCCUUGACCCGCGUCCAAGUGUCAUCCUUCCAUCUUCCACCCGCACUGUGAAAGCCAUCUCCGAGGUAGAGGCUUUUGCCCUCAUAGCAGAGGACCUAAAGUUUGUAGCAGGCCAAUUUCGAAGAUUGCAUAGUAAACAACUUAGGCACAAGUUCAGGUUCUACUCGCACCAGUGGCGAGCAUGGGCAGCUUGUUUCAUCCAAGCAGCUUGGCGCAGGUACAAGAAGCGCAAGAGUUUGUCUGAACUUCGGACUCUGGAGAGCCUGAGCUCCGAAACUGAAUCAUCAGAUGGACAGCCAGACGGUGAUGGUCCUCCUCCACCUGGUUCAGGUUUCUCUGUGUAUGCAGCAAGAUUUGCGGCCAGUAGACGAGGUCUUCACAAGCACUCAGGAUCAGAUUCGAGCUCAGUUGGUGCGCUGCAGAAACCAGCUGAACCUGAUUUCUCUGUAGAAGAGGAAUAAGUUGACAAUAGUAGCGCAUAAAGGUACAAGAGUGAGCUGUACAUUAACCUUGUUCUCCAUACUCUUGAAAUAUGUUCUGUAAGACUUCGAAAGAGCUACUAACGCUCCUUCUACCUGUACAUUGUGCUGAGGCUGUGAAUAAAAGUGGAAAUAAAGCUUGUAAGAAAAUAUUUGCCUGUUGCAUUGUGA